GCAAAGCAAACUCAAUGUUGACAGCGAUAUAUUGUUGCUUCGUUUAGUAAUUUUGCUACUUGGGGCGCAAAAUACUCCAACUCUGAUUGUUAUUAUUUGCCAAUCAUAGUGUAAUUGUAUGAAGUAAUUGUACCAAAAAAUGUCCAAAAAUUGAUCGCUGUUGCUGAUUAUUCAAGUGGCUUACUCGCGUAGAAUUGGUGUAUUGAAAUAAACAGCCUUAAAAUUUUGUUCACUAUUGAUUUGCUUCCAUCGAUAGCUAACUUACAAUAAACACACAUAUUUAAACCUCUCUUUUGUAAUCUAGAUAGUAUGAAUGACUCAGAUAGAAAUUCGAGAGACACAGGGUUUAAUAAUAUCUCGAAAGGAAGACUAAAAACUAAAUUAGAAAUCGUGCAAGAGUGGAUAGAAGACGAUCCAAAACUAAACACGACUGAGAGCAUUGAUUUUAUUUUAAAAGACCAAGAUAUCUCACCAAGUUGUUUACCGAUAAAUGACAAGCCUAAUACUAUUGAACCGAAAAUAGAACAAGAUAUAACAUUAAAUUUUUGUUCGAAUCCUGUCGCAUUGGGCAAGUUGGAAGUCCGUAUGUGUAAGCGGAAACUAAAACGGCAAGUAAAUGCUAAAGUCCACAAAAACCUAGCAAAGAAAAAGAAUUGGACCUUGCGGAAAAAUUAUUAUUUGAAAUCAAAAGAACUACAUGCAAAUAGUAAAUCAAAAAAGGGAUUCAAUUUUCAUAACAAGUUUGCAUCUUCUAGCCUUUCAAAUCCUAUACCAAAAUCUUUUGCUCACUUUGAAAGUACAAGAAACAAUCGGAAUAUUACUGAUUUUGUAAGUAAGGAAUUAAAUGUUUCCGAAGUAAGUUUGCCUGAAGGUAAAAUAUACGACAGCUUUACUAAAAAGAAUAAAACGAUAAAAGGAAAAGAUGAUUUUUAUGAACUCGAUCCAUUAUAUUUUUCAAAAGAAACAGACUUCGAUAAAAUAGAUGAAAACGAAACCGUUAUAAAAAUUACAAAGCAAAAUAGCUUCAAUAAAUUGGCGCAAUCAGAGAUUGAAAAUAUAAACUCCCAGACAAUAUUUCUAUAUGAUAUAAAUGAGCCAACUACUUCUAAAGGUAUUCGCCGAACUGCAAUGGAUGUACAAUGCGGUCCCGAUUCUAAUGGUACAAUAACAACUGGUAGAAUGCAUUCAGCAACAACAUCUGUGACUAAAAUACCAAAAUUAUUUUCGAAUGGAGUUAAAAUUGAUGAUUCUUGUAUAAACUUGUCAAAUCAAACAUCGGAUAUGGCAACAUCGCCAGAAACAUUCAGUGAUUUAAAAUCAGUAACAAAAAUUAAAGACAACGGUAUUAGGAUCAAUGAUUCAUGCCACGAUAUGAUAGACCAUUUUAUACAUAAACUGGAAACUACUGAUACCUUUUCAAAGAUUCUUAACCAAAACAUCAAUUAUAAUCAGAGCAAUGCUUCCAAAUUUGAGACUCCUUUAUUAGAAUAUGUUGCGAGCGAUGUGAAAACAAAUGAAUCUGUUGAAAGUUCUGAAUUUUGCAGUAACUUCGGUAGUAAGAUAAAAUCACCAUCAAAAGGAGCAAUGUCGUCUAAGUAUACUAGUGACAUAGAGAUUCGAUCAAAUACAAAUACUGACAUCAGUCAAUGUUUGUCUCCAACUAAUCAAAUAAAAUCAAAGUUGUGUUGUGGUGGAGUAUUCGUCCAUAGUUUUAGAGACAGAGAAGUUUCAGAAGAUGUUUUGUAUCAAGGAGGGUGGCAAGACAUUAGACCGAAAAUAGUUGCAAGAAAGAACCCAAAAAAUAAUUUAACAAUACGAAAAAAAAUUGAGCAACCAAACAGCACAUUACAAAAAUAUCUUAAUGAAAGUCCAACAUUAAGGAAGGGAAAGGCGAAGGAGAAUCAAAAUAUUAAAAACAGCGGUUUAAAUAAUGUUCCAAGACGUGUGGUCCAAAUAAGAAACGCAAAAGCAAGUCAUACAAAGAAGGACCAGCACACAAGACAUUUAUUAAAAAAAAGUAAACUUCCCCCAAUCAAUAAGAAUAUACAAAAUAAAAUGAAAAAUGUCACUAAGGUAUCAUCUAAAAUUGCUCUCAGUUCAACAGUGAACAAAAAUACUUUUAGCUCAUUGUCAAGACCAAUAGACAUUGCAACAACAAAACAUGAGAAAGACUCGAAAAACAUUGAGAGGUAUUUGCCAAAGUAUUUGAAAAGAAAGUUAUUGUCUCUAAAAGAAAAGACAAAUGAUAAGGAGAUUAAGACUUCUAACACAAAAUUAUCAGUUAAAACGAUUGCAAAACUAAAUCAUCCAAAUUCUUUUCAAAAAAGUAUAACUUAUCAAGUCUUUAGAAACCAAGUUGACAAGAAAAAAAAUGUAAGUGGAAAAAGCUCGCCAAACACCAAUGAAUCCAUUAAAACAUCUUCUUUGCGCAGUUGUAGCCCAAAUUCUCAAAGUAGUUCUUGUUCUUCGCCAAAUAGUAUUGCUACAGUACGAGCCAUACAAGUAAGAAAUGAAGACAACCCUGGAAAGUUAUUUGCACAAAAUAAAGAUCCAGUUAUAACAAAUGAUUCUAUAGUAGCAAAUAUAAUAAAUGAUUUAAAAAUACCUCAGCAUUCUAGUCAACAUUUUAAUAAAGAAAAUCUUUCAAUAGCACAGCAGAAUUGUAAAUUAUUAAGUGUACCUAAGAAAAAGGGUUUUACAGGAAAAACUAGUGAAGUCUUUAGAGCACAAAUAAAUGAUGAAAACAAACCCUUGACUUCUAGAGUUUUAUCAAAUAGUCGCAGUCACGCUUCUCGAAACGCAGUAUUGAAUGUAUCUUAUAAUAAAAUAACACAGAAUAGAAUUAAUAACAAGGAAAAUUCUUGUGAUUAUGAUGCUGAAUCAUCACCGCAUAGUACAAUACCAGUCUCGGAUUUGAAUAUUGUCGUAACACCACGGAUAGAAAAAAAUAGUACUGAUAAUAAUUUGUCACUAUCGCCAGUAUGGGAUAAUUCUAAAACGCUUACAUGUAAGACUGAUAUAAAAGAAUUAACAAAAGAAUACACAACUAACAAUAUUGCUCAACCAGAACCAGCAACUAUUAUAAAAGAAAUAUUGACGGGUAGCAGAAAUAUCGAAAGACAACCUAGCAAAGAUACAAUAAGUGAUAAUUUUGCGCAAUCAUCAACGCUGAUAAGUAAUGAAAUGAUUUUAAGUAAUUCAAAAGUAAUAGAACCACAGGAAACACAAAAAAUUGAUGAAAUGGUAAUUGAACCUGGAGAAUUCGGAAACAUCGCAAGUGAAUUUCAACUUGCGCCUGUAAACUCACAUGUUAUAAGUGAAGACAUAUCUUUACAACACUUAGUGGGCGGUGGACUUAGUACUUUAUCCAAAAUAGAUUUUAAUAAUAUUUCUGAUGAAUCCGCAAUAGUUUUAGAAUCAUCAGAUGGAAAUCAUACUGCGAGCUGUAACUUAUCUCAAAGUAGUUUCAUAUCUGCAAAUGUCCAUGAUAACGCACCAAAUGUAAUUGACCUAACAAGUAACGAUUUUAUAACAAAUUGUGCAAAGGAUUCUCAUACUACAAUGUUAGACUCAAAUUCGUUCCAGUCUGUUGGUACAUCGAAGCUUUCUGAAUAUUUUUUGGCUGGAAGCCACAUGAAUGUAGCAAAUCUUGAAUCUCGCUCUGUAAUUGAUUUAUAUGACAGGAAAGAAAACCACGAUACAAUUAAUGUUCACGGUCCCAUAUCAAUGCAGGUAUUUAGUGGACUUUCAAUAGAUGGCGCACCUGUUGCGGGAGAUCAGCCAGAUUUCGUGAACUUAGUAGAUUCUGAAACUGGGAGCUUAUGUGUUGAUGUUGCUAGGCAAACGCCUUCUGAGGAGCUGUUAGUAUCAGGAAGAUCUUCAGAUACCUAUGCUUCUUGCCUGGUUGAAGAUGAGGUGGUUGUUCCGAGUUGGUUAUUUAAUAUGUUGAACCAGCAUGUUUCCAGCGAUGGAGCGGAGACGGAGAGUGACGAGCCGCUUGUAUUGCCGCUGGUAGAACCACUAUUUGAUCUUAAUGGGAACGCUGAUAUGGCGGGAGCUGGGGCUGGCGCUGGUGAUGGAAGAGGAAUACAUAGCGAUCAAUCGAUAGACAGCUCAGGUCGGGGCAGUUCACUCAGCUCUAGCGAUACUUCUACAGACCCUCACGGUGAGGUAGUACUAAUUGGCCCGUCUGCUCUUUUGUCACAUUUUGAGUACGCAGGAGACACGGACACAGCGAAUAUCGAUCGACCUGGUGAAUCAACUGAUACGUCAUUUGAUACUGCUGAAAAUGAUGUUGGCUAUAAUGAGCAUCGUGUGAAUUCUCAUGGAAGAAUCAUGACAAGUGACGUUGACGGUGACGUUAGCUCCCUGGAUACUGACGUUGCGGACUCGGACGCAUAACACGCUAAGUUGCGUUAUUUGUCAUUAUAUAAUAUAGAUUAAUUUUGUGGUGUUAAUUUAAUUUGUCUGUCUUAAAUUAUGAAAAUGUGUUUGCUAAUUAUUGGUAUGUACAUAAAGGUUUGUUGAUUGUUGAUUAAAUUAUUGGUCGUGCUGA